GGGGGUGUGACGUAUAUCCGGCGAGUAACUGGCGCUCUCUGUUGCUGGUGGUCUGUGUGCUCCGAGGAGGGUCCAAGCCGCCCGCUGCCGCUGCAGGAGCCCCUCGGGCUGUGAGUCAGAGGGCUGAGGCUGCGGAGGCAGCAGUGGUCCUGGGAACUGGAGCGGUCGAUGAAGAGGGUACUAAGGAUUAACGAUGUCUUUCAUCUUUGAGUGGAUCUACAAUGGCUUCAGUAGUGUGCUCCAGUUCCUAGGGCUGUACAAGAAAUCUGGAAAACUUGUAUUCUUGGGUUUGGACAACGCGGGCAAAACAACUCUUCUUCACAUGCUCAAAGAUGACAGGCUGGGCCAGCAUGUUCCAACACUACAUCCGACGUCAGAAGAGCUGACAAUUGCUGGAAUGACGUUUACCACUUUUGAUCUUGGUGGACAUGAGCAAGCUCGUCGAGUUUGGAAAAAUUACCUCCCAGCAAUCAAUGGUAUUGUCUUCCUGGUAGACUGUGCAGAUCAUUCUCGUCUCAUGGAAUCCAAAGUUGAGCUUAAUGGGUUAAUGACCGAUGAAACAAUAUCCAAUGUGCCAAUCCUUAUCUUGGGAAACAAAAUUGACAGAACAGAUGCAAUCAGUGAAGAAAAACUCCGUGAGAUAUUUGGGCUUUAUGGACAGACCACAGGAAAGGGCAACGUGACUCUGAAGGAGCUGAAUGCCCGCCCCAUGGAAGUGUUCAUGUGCAGUGUGCUCAAGAGGCAAGGCUAUGGCGAGGGCUUCCGCUGGCUCUCCCAGUACAUUGACUGAUGUUGGGACAGUGAAAAUAAAAGAGUUUUACUCCUCUGGACUGAUCCUAUUCACAGCUUCCUCAUGAACUUUUCUAAUAGAACAAGGACAGCUCUCCAACCAUGUCUGGCGUUGAGAAGCCAAGAGUCUUUGUCAACUCUCAUCACCCAGUGGUGACAUGUGCUCUUCUCCACACUGUUGGAAGGUAACACUGCCCCACGUGCUGGUGGAAGCCAGUAUCCCGGGACUGGAAGCUGGCAGGAUUUGCCAAGUAAAGCUGUAUGCCAUCAUGGGACACCUGAGAAGAAAAACACGUCUCACCACUGUGGUUGAUUUCAAAAGAAAGUGAUUCUAUUUUUUAAAGAAAGCAUUGUUAAUGUAAUUGAUACCCCUCCCAACUUUUUGCGUUACAGUUUACUUGGUCCAGAGUUUUCUAUUCUUUUUUUUUUUUUUUAACUAGUGAAUGGCAUUUAGAUAUUUCGUGAAAUUAUGAACACAUGCACAUUGGAGGCCAGAGCUCAGAGGGGUGAACUUACUCCUGCUGAGUUAGCAGGUUGGUGAGAGAAGCUCCCCUGAGCUCCCUGUCUCCCUAACUGCCUGGUAGGAGGUGGCGUCAGCUUGGCGUGGAGAGCUAGGGAGGGGACAGAGCCCUGUUCUUGUGGUUGUGGCAAGUGUCCACUGUGGUCAGCUAGAGUCGUUCCUCAUCACAGAGUGAGUAGCAGAUUGUGCAUUGUGGAGGAGUUAAUUAUAAAGGGAUUGUUGUUGUGUUAUUUUUGCUUACAAAGUUACAAAUUUCAGCCCAACUUUGCUUUUACACUGUUGUGAAAUUGCAUUUUUCUCUGUAGUACCUUCCUUUCUCAUUUUCCAUUAAUAAAAAGUUGAGGACAUCUCUCAUGCAGUCACGUUCUGCUGCUGUGCCUUAGUUGCCAUCGUAGGGAUGGGCGCACGGGAUGUUCUGAAUAGGAGGGCACAGGACAGAGCUCUCAGCCUAGAGGGUUUAUGAGGAUGUAAACAUCUGGUGAUUUGGCAUCUAAGUAAAUCUAGGAAAGACUUUCAGUGGGCUUUAAAAUUCUACUCGUGGGAUUGAUUUCUCAGGCUGUUAAUGAGCUGUUUUUUCCUCCUUAUUGGUUAUCUGUUUUGUUGGUGUUUAAAGUAAAGGUCAACAUCUGUAGCUUUUACAGAUUUUUUCUUUUUGGUAUGAAAUUGUUCUUGCCUGUUCCAGAUAUAAGCUGGAGAAAACCCUAGCGCAAGGACUUUCUGUGGAGCUCUUCCCUUGGAGGCCACCUCCCUGACAUCAGUGAUCUCCCAGUUCAAAAGCAGCAGCCCCAUGAGGGCCACAAGCAUUAUUUUCCUAGCAUUCCAUUUCCUUAAUGCCACUUAGGAAAUUGGAUUUUCAUAGUCUUAACCUAUAUUCUACCCUGGUAGGAAAGAUGAAAGGAUAGGAGAUGGCUUAAGAUGAGAAGUUAUCUUUGUUGGCUUUCCCUUUAAUAAAAAGUCAGGUAGUUUCCUUGAAAUUGAAAAUUGUGAUGAUGCUUCUUGGCAGAGGAUUGAACUCAGUUCAGGGGAUUCCUGCUUCGGGUGGGAGGUAGUAUGGAUAACAUACUCCUGGUUGGAUCUCUCAUUGUUGGGCUUCAGUACUGACCUGUUGGGAAAGCAUCCUUUUUGGCAUCAAGUAUGUAUGGAACUUGGAGGCUCAAUGAGGUUUGAGCUUGGGAAGGGCAUGCAUUGCAUUGAUAGUGGGGAUGGGCAGAUUAGGACGAGAUAGCUGGUUUGAAAGGAGUAAAGCCUUAAGCAAACAAGUCUAGCUAACAGUGGAUGAACUGGGCAGUUAACUUGCAUAUUUUUAUUUCCUUUGGCUAAAGGUUGCUCAUACUCUCUGUCCAGGGACAUGAGAAGUAUGAUUUCUUCAGUGUUAGUUUUCUUUAUUUUUUUCUACCUGCCCCUAAUCACUUUGUAACAAGCUAGAAAACUGUGGGCUCUAAAUAGGGCAGCUCUUUGUGAAAGUGGUUUAUUUUGGCCACCGGAGAAAGAGGAUUGCAAAGUCACGUCAAACCAGCCUGUGUUUUCCCCACAACACCACUGGUAUCUGAGGUAGCUGGAAGAGGCUGCUGCAAGGAGCACAGCCUCUGACAGGAGCUCCCACAAAUUGAGAUUUCUCAUUCUGUUUUAUCAGAGUGCACAAAUGUCCUAUUUCAGGAAAAGUAAAACAGUCAUUUACAAAAGAAAGUCUGUAUCCUAAGCAUUUUAAUAAAAACUUAAACAAACUUCCUA